CGCGGAAAUGAACUUCAAUCAAUUAUUAAACCUAAUGUGAGGAAGUGCGACUAAACGCAGUCAAAAAAUGUCGAUUGUUUUCAUUGCAUUUUCGUUGGUGGCCAUUUGUUUUCCAGCCAGAGUGCUUUCUUACAGCAAUGCGUCUAUUCCAGUGGUCAUUUGGCAUGGAAUGGGUGACAGUUGUUGCAAUCCCUUAAGUAUGGGAUCAAUAAAAGACAUGGUGGAAGAUUUAAUCCCUGGAAUUUACGUCCGAUCUUUAAUGAUUGGAAGCAGCAUCAUAGAGGAUACUAUUAAUGGUUUCCUCAUGAAUGCUAAUAAACAGAUUGACAUAGUUUGUAAAAAGUUGUCAUCAGACGAGAAACUGAAGGAUGGUUAUAAUGCCAUGGGGUUCUCUCAAGGAGGACAAUUUUUCCGUGCUCUAGCUCAACGAUGUCCUUCACCUCCAAUGAAAAAUUUGAUCAGUUUUGGUGGACAACACCAAGGUGUGUUUGGCUUUCCUCACUGUCCAGGAGAAAAUUUUACUCUCUGUGAGUAUGUAAGAAAAUUGUUGGACUUAGGUGUUUAUAUCAGCUGGGUACAGAACAAUUUAGUUCAAGCAGAAUACUGGCAUGAUCCAUUAAAGGAAGAAGAAUACAAAACAAAGAGUGUCUUUCUUGCAGAUAUAAACCAAGAAAGGGUAAAAAAUAAAGCAUACAAGGAAAAUCUUAUGAAACUUAAGAACUUUGUGAUGGUGAAGUUUGCCAAAGAUACAAUGGUGAUUCCAAAAGAAUCUGAGUGGUUUGGUUAUUAUAAACCUGGUCAGGACAAAGAUCUGUUUACACUACAAGAAAGCCCAUUAUACCAAGAGGAUUGGCUUGGGUUAAAAGAAAUGGACGAGGCUGGAAAACUCCAUUUCCUUGAAGCUGAUGGUGAUCAUUUGCAAUUCUCAAAGGAAUUUUUUGAAAAAAAGAUUCUGCCAUUUUUAAAAUGAGUUUGUGAAUGUCAAUUGGUUCAUCUUCUCCACCAACAUCAUUAUCUCCAGCUAAUAAAAUCCUUGUGGAUGGAUCGACAUCAUAGAUAUCUUUAAACCAUUCCUAAAAACACAUUUUCUUUUUCUUUAAACUGCCAUGCACAUGAACUAAAAUAUGUGUAACUAACUUCAUAUUGAAAAAAUUCUUCGUCCGAGGCUACGUAUCCUUCAUCCAACAAAUCUCCUUGAAAGUAAAAAUAAAAUAUUGAAGAAUCUGUUAUAAAAA